UGCUGAUGGCUGCAGUGGGGACAAAGGACUCUCCGGAGAAGGACUGCGAAGCAAUGACCCUGCAGCAGCCGUCCCUCCCCCUGAAAGGGGGCUCCCCCCGGGCUCUCUACAUUCACAGCAUGCCUGCCUGGGUGCUGGAGGAUUUCUGCCAGAAGAUGGACUGCCUGAGUGACUACGACUGGAUGCGAUUCGCCUCCUACGUGAUAACUGAUCAAACAGAGCUACGGAAAAUCAAGUGCAUGGAGAAGACCGGGAUCAGCAUAACAAGAGAGCUCAUGUGGUGGUGGGGAGUGAGGCUGGCGACGGUGCAGCAGCUCCUGGACCUGCUGCAAGGACUGCAGCUCUACCGAGCGGCUCAAGUCAUUCUGGACUGGACAUCAGCCUCUAAUAUUACCCACUCUGGAAAAGAAGAGCUGGUAGAGCUGCCUAAGCAGGAGAACAUAUCUUUAACUCCCACAGAAAACAAAAAGAGAGAGAGAGAAAAUGAGAUAAGUCUGUUGCCAUCACCAGACUCUUCACAUGUGGGAGUAUCACCAGCAGGCAGUGCUGUUUCUGAAGGAGCCUUGUAUUCACUCCCCUCUCCACCACCUCCCCCAAGAGACCUUUUGAAAUCCUUACAGUCAAAUCCUCCUGUCUCGUCAAGUGUGAAGCCUUGCAGCUCUUCUACUCCUCAGCAGGAGACAAUGACUGAUCUCCCCAGCGGGAGUCUUUUGUGGACCCAGAGGGAAGUUAUUAAUGCCACAAACGGUUUCAGUGACCAGAGCAGAAUUUGUGAAGGUACUUUUGCGGAUGUCUACAAAGGUCAGAGGAACAACAUAGUGUAUGUCAUCAAAAGACUGAAAGAGAUGGAAUGCACAAGCCCAAAUUCCACCCAAAGAUUCUUUCACACAGAAGUACAGAUUUGCUUUCGGUGUUGUCAUGUCAACAUUUUGCAGCUGCUGGGUUUCUCAGUAGAAGCCGGAUUGCACUGUCUGAUAUAUCCAUACCUGCCUAAUGGAUCACUACAGAACAAACUUCAGUGUCAAGAUGAUUCUGCUCCACUGACCUGGGAGAUGCGAAUUAGCAUUUCUAUAGGACUCAUCCGAGCUGUAGAGUAUUUACAUAAUUUUGGAAUUCUUCAUGGGAAUAUCAAAAGCUCAAAUGUCUUGUUGGAUGAAAACUUUACACCAAAGCUUGGACAUUCAGGCCUGCGAUUGUAUUCUGUUGAUAAAAAAUCAGAAUAUGCUAUGAUGAAAACCAAAGUCCUACAAGCUUCUCUUACUUAUCUGCCGGAAGAUUUUAUCAGGCAUGGGCAGUUAACAGAAAAAGUUGAUAUAUUCAGCUGUGGUGUGGUCUUAGCAGAGAUACUGACAGGGAUUAAGGCACUGGAUGAAGGAAGACACCCUAUUUAUCUGAAAGAUGUGAUUGCUGAUGAAAUUCAAAUAGCAAAAGAAAGCUCAUACCCCAAAGUAAAAGAUUUUGAAAAGCUAGCUGCCAAGGAAAUAUGCUGUAAAUAUCUAGACAGGAAAGCAGGACACUUGCUGGAAGAGGUUGCCCUUGAUUUUGCCUCAGCCAUCUGCCUUUUUCUGAGAAAGAAGAAUUCCAACAUAGCAGAGGUGCUUGAAAUUAUGGAAAUGGCUGAAAAUAAAUUAAGAGAGCAUUACAUCUGUGGAGGCAGCACUUCUGGGUUCUCCAUGAACACUCCAGAAGAAACUGAUGAUGAGACAACUAGUCUCAGCAUGGAUGUGCCUUCUGCGGGGGAGAAUAAAGAGGACAGCACACAGCCAGUGAGCCUGACCAGUGCCGGUCCGUGCACACGUUUAACAGGAGUUGUGUCACCUGACCUUUACUGCGGACAAAUGUCAAGGAUCCCUUGUGAAUCGGAUGAAUCAAGUAGUUUUAUAUGGAAUCCUUCAGAAAGAUCUACAGAUGAUCUAUCUAGCAACAGCUGUAACAAUUCAGAAAACAUGGCAGCCUGUGAUUACAGGAUCAAGCAGGAAAAACCUGCAAACGGACUCCAGGAAAGAAAUGCGGCAUGCGCCAAAAGUGAUGACGUCUUGGAAACAGCGUCUACUGCACAGAGCACCUUUCAACAAAAAAAUGCAGACCUUGACUCUUCAUGUUCUUCACAAGCAUUAGCCAGAGAGACAUCAUGGAAAAUAAAGAUAAAUGAUCAAAAAAAGAAGCUCAUGGAAAAUAUUUUGCUGUAUGAAGAAGACAAAUUAAACAGUUCUGAACUUUUUGAAUCAUAAAUUGGAUGGAUUUAUUAGCAGUGGCCAGCUCAGGAGAAGAAACAAGGACUGUCUCUUCAUUAGAAAGAUGGGAAAAGUCUACCUUUCAUCUAAGGUUAAGUAGCAGAUUUGGAUCAGAAACAUUAGCCCUGACUGAAGAAAACAAAAGUGAUCACGCUGAGAAGAAACAGAAAAUAUCUGUUCUAAAGUAGAUUAAAGCACGGUGCCACUCUGUAAACAGAAAUGCCGCCUUCCUUUUCAUCUGCAGUGUAAAAAGAUAUGGCAAACACAAACAACUGCCAAAAUAAUUUAGGAUCCUUUUGCAGUGUGUUUCAGAAAGCAUCUACAUAUAACGUAUGUCGUAUUAAAAAACACAGUCCUAGAAGUGAUGGGGCAAGCACUGAUCAGCAGCCAGUUAGCAAUACCCUUCAUUGUUAUCCCACUGUGUACAAGCAGACAGAAACCUUCAGAGAUUGGAGUAGGUUUCAGUUUCCAAAUGAAUCUAUCCUGUUCCAUAUAAUCUUAGUCCACAUACUCAGAAGCACUGCGUUACCAGAGAGGGGAAUUUUUAUGCAAGUUCUCAGACGUAUUCUGCAUGACUCAAUCUCAAUUUGAAUUGCACUGAACAUAGUCGUAAGUAAAUAAUUUAAGCCACGUUAGUCUACUCUAUGAGCUGCUCUACUACAUAUAUACAUGUGACACCAUUUGAAGUCUAACCUUUAAGUUUCACUGUCAGGAGCUCUAACGCAGUGUUUAAUACUUCAUAAGAGUAUUUUUGGAAGUUAAUUUUUUCUAAGUGUCAUUUACAUGUUGUUAAGGUUUCUCAUUGUGUUUCACAUGAUAACUGUUGUAUAUUUUGGAUUAGGGACAAGAUUUUAAUUUAAAAUAUCUUUAAUGUUGUCAUAGGUCACUUGAAAUUUGAUUUGUUGUAUUUAUUUUGGCAAAAGGUUAAAGAAUCGGUGAAAGAUGAGCUCGUAAGUGGACCUGUUCACGGUGCCACGCUCACCAUGUGUUCUCAGAGAGGAAUUGUUUUGUGUGUCCCUUGGCUUACCCAGCAUUAGCAGGCUUGGGGUCAGCCUCGGUGAUCACGCUUAAAAGAAAAAAAAUAGAAACUUGUAUGCUGUCAUAUUUAUUAUCAAGUGAAAGCCCCCUUAAGAAAGUGUCACUUUUAUUGUUAUGACUAUUUAUUAUUUGUAAUAUUGUUAGCAUAUUCCACGCUUGUGCAGUCUUAAGGAAAUACAGGUUUAUUAUAAACAAAAAGAACUAUCAGAACAUGUAGCUCAGCUUAUGGACAGGUGACUGCUGCCUCCUUAGCAUAGGUAAUAGGGCGUGAUGCACAGAAAUGGCUAAAAUUCACAAUGGACUUCAGGGAAUAUUUAAAAAACCCAUGAAUUUAUAUGCAAUUCUUUUCACUGGAAUUGUGUAAUGGUAUAGUUUUCCUAGCUUUACACGAAGGUCUCCGAGUAAGGCCUCAUAUCUUCUAUAUUUGUACAGUACCUAGUUCAUUGUAGGUACUAUUACGAGCAAGUAAAAGUAUUUUAACUAAAGACCUGAGUAUUAGAAUCAUCGACACAUUUAUCACAUUGAUUUCUACACUAAAAACUGGUAAAAUUCCUUAAUUAUAAGUGCCUUGGAUACUGUCUGUAUAUUUGCCAGUGUCACUUUUUUUAUUUUACCAGAAUCAAACCAAGAAAACAUUGGUACUGACAUAAGAAACAUUGAGUAUAUUCAGAUUGGUCAAUAACUGCUUAAUUCUACAUGAGGUUUAAUUGACAUACUUUAUGGUGCUGAAAAUUUAAUAUUAAUUGUUUUUCAUGGGUAUAUUUUGGGAGAUCAGUGGUAAAUACCUCAGGUCUCCUCCAGGAAGAAAUGCACGUAGACACAGCCCAGAGCUGACUGGAAAACCUAAGUUUUUUUAAAUUGAGAAACAUAAUUUAGACACAGUUCUGUUUCACAAAAAUGCUUUAAAGGUUUUGUUCUCCUGUAGUCACAAAAUGAAAUUGCUAUUCUUUGCCUUGUUCCAUGUUAGUUGUAAAAUAUUCUGAGGUGAUAUACGUGGUCUUGUAGUGUUACAUAAGUAUAUAAUGUAACAUAUAUAAGACACUGCGUAGUCUUACAAUAAUGGUACUCUGUUACAUAACUUGGCUAUUCAGUAUAAUGUAUGUUCUAAUCUCAACUUGGCAAAUUUAUACAUUACCAUUUACUAAUACCUUU